AUGGCAUCAUCACAAACCUUCUCUAGAAUCUCUCUGACUCUUUUGUUGUUUUUCUUCAUUUCAUCACUUUGUUCCUCUUCCUAUGCAACUUCUCUCUUGGCCACAACAAGAAAAACACACUAUUCACCAAAACUACAUGCAGAGAGGCUCAUAAGAAGCCUUAACUUGUUCCCUAAGGACACAGUUAACAUAAGAGUAGAUGACAAUAAUGAUGAAUUUGUCCCUGGAAAGAUUGUGGAGAAGAAAUUCUCUUUUCUUGGUGAUUCUGGUCCUUCGGUUGAAGAACUUGGUCACCAUGCAGGGUACUAUUCACUUCCUCAUUCCAAAGCUGCAAGGAUGUUCUACUUUUUCUUUGAAUCACGGAACAGCAAAGAUGACCCUGUUGUGAUAUGGUUGACUGGAGGACCAGGGUGUGGCAGUGAACUAGCAUUGUUUUAUGAGAAUGGUCCUUUUCAUAUUACCAGCAACUUGUCUCUGGUGUGGAAUGACUAUGGCUGGGACAAGGCAUCAAAUAUUUUAUUUAUUGACCAGCCUACCGGAACAGGUUUCAGCUACACUACAGAUGGUUCUGAUAUUCGCAGUGAUGAAAAUGGUGUUAGCACUGAUUUGUAUGACUUCUUGCAGGGGUUUUUCAGGGCACAUCCUCAGUUUGUUAAGAAUGACUUUUACAUUACUGGAGAAUCAUACGCUGGACACUACAUUCCAGCUCUUGCAUCCAGAGUUCAUCAAGGAAACAAAGAAGAACAAGGAAUUCACAUAAACCUCAAGGGUUUUGCUAUUGGUAAUGGGUUAACCAAUCCUGCCAUUCAGUACCCAGCAUACCCAGAUUUUGCAUUAGACAGCGGAAUAAUUACAAAGUCUGAUUACAAACAAAUCAUCCAGCAAAUCCCAGAUUGUCUGCAAAAACUGGAAACUUGCAACACUGAAGGCGUAGAUUGCUACUUUGCGUUCGAUGCUUGUCAGGGAAUAUUCGAAGAUAUCAUGUUCGAUAAUGUGGGCAUCAAUUACUAUGACAUCAGAAAGAGAUGUGAUGUGCCUAUGUGCUAUGACUUCUCAAACAUGGAGAACCUUCUGAAUGAGAAGACAGUGAGAGAUGCUUUAGGUGUAGGAGACUUGGAGUUUGUUUCAUGCAGUAGGAGAGUGCAUGCUGCUAUGUUAGACGACUGGGUGCAGAACUUGGAAGUUGGUAUUCCUUCUCUUCUUGAGGAUGGAAUCAAGGUUCUUGUGUAUGCUGGUGAAUAUGACCUCAUAUGCAAUUGGCUUGGGAAUUUAAGGUGGGUUCGUGCCAUGGAGUGGUCAGGCCAAAAGGAGUUUAAUGCAUCCUUUACAAGGAAAUUCAUGGUUGAUGGUGGUGAAGCAGGGUCUUUAAAUAGCUAUGGACCACUCUCUUUUCUCAAGGUGAAGGAUGCUGGACACUUGGUCCCUAUGGAUCAACCAAAAGCUGCACUUGAGAUGCUGACAAGGUGGAUGGGAGGGAAACUUUGAACUUUAAUCUCUAGAAGAUUAUGUUAUGUAAACAGUAUAAAAGAGUGUGUAAUAGUUGAAUCUUCUGUCUAAUGGCAAAAUCAAAAUGAAAAUUCAUAGA